CUUUAGAUGGCAUAUUUGUCACUUUCUAUUUCUCGUAGAUGAAGUUUUGGUAAGCGUGGCUAAUCAAGGCACUAAAAGAAAAAUGAGCAGCUCGGAAGAAGUAUCGUGGAUCUCCUGGUUUUGCGGCUUGAGGGGCAACGAAUUCUUCUGCGAAGUUGAUGAAGAUUACAUACAAGAUAAAUUCAACUUAACGGGCCUUAACGAGCAAGUGCCCCAUUAUAGACAAGCCUUGGAUAUGAUAUUGGAUUUAGAGCCAGAUGAUGAACUGGAUGAUAAUCCAAACCAAUCGGAUCUUAUUGAGCAAGCUGGCGAAAUGCUCUACGGAUUGAUUCACGCUCGGUACAUUUUAACAAAUCGUGGAAUAGCGCAGAUGAUUGAGAAGUAUCAAGCAGGGGAGUUUGGGCAUUGCCCCAGAGUUUAUUGCGAAUCCCAGGCCAUGCUUCCCUUAGGGCUGUCAGAUGUUCCUGGAGAAGCGAUGGUGAAGACUUAUUGCCCUAAAUGUAUGGAUGUUUACACCCCGAAAUCGUCCCGUCACCAUCACACUGACGGUGCGUAUUUUGGCACGGGGUUCCCACAUAUGCUGUUCAUGGUACACCCGGAAUAUCGACCUAAACGACCCACGAAUCAGUUUGUUCCUCGACUCUUCGGGUUCAGAAUCCAUCCUCUCGCUUAUCAGCUGCAGCAGCAGGCUGCGUCUACAUUCAAGACGCCCAUUAGAGUAAUAAACUUCAAUAACGCGAAGCGUUAAAGUAGAUAGAACAAAAACCAGACAAGCAGGGAUAAAAAGGGAAAUACAAAAAUCGUGCACUAAUGUUGGUGUCGAAGGGGUACAUACAAGAUUUGCUAACUUUUUUAAAAACAUCUUCCUUAUGGAUUCCCUCUAAAAUUUGUUUUUUCAUUUUUGAUUGAAUAAUAAAAUUUGGUCCACUGUCUAAUUGCAUAAUCUGAUUUUAGAAACAUGGUGUGUUUUAAAUUCGUUGAAAUUAAGUAACCAUCCAAAAGGUAAUAAUUGUAAUAGAAUUUUUCUGUUAUUGUAAUUAGGUUAGUAUUUAUGUUGUAUAAUUACCAAUUAAUUAAUGUAUAAGAAGUACGAUAAAGUUAUUACAAUAAUUGUAAAGUUCA